AAUGAAAAGUAAUAAAACUUCUUUUUUUACUUCUCAAAGAACGCCAAAUCAUCGUAAUGAUUGUUAUCACACAUUUUCACUUGUUAUCAUGAAAAUAAGGCAAUGUCAAGUUUUCAAAUGAAUUUUCAGUUCGUAUUCACCUUUAAAUACGAGCAGAAAUUGAAUUUCUCGUCAGUCCUGAGAAUAAUUCAGAAAGUUAAAAAUAUGAAAGCAUUCAAAAUACUUUGCGUCGUUGCUGCCAUCAUUGGAUGUGCAAAGUCGGAUACAUUUACUGUUGGAGAACUGAUAGAAAAUCAUCGUAUUGGUAGAAUUUUGAGUGUAUCUGAUGUCUGCUUAAGUAGCAGUAACAAUCAGAGGCGAUACUGCAAUGGAGCUGAGGCAGAUGCUUGCGAUUCAACUGGAUUUAUUCAAUGCAAUGGAGUUGGAAAUGGCUUUCUGAUUGAAUGUGGUGGAACUACACCUUAUUGUGAAGAUGAUGGAAAUGGAAAUGCAAAAUGUUCAGCUAUUCGUAAUUCAAACUGUGGUCCACGACCAGCAAAUUAUAAUUGCAUGAGUAAAGGCGUUUUCCCAAAUCCCUUAAAUUGCAAGAGUUACUACCAUUGUUAUGAUGAUGGAAAUAGCAUAACAGCACAAGAAUAUCAAUGCAGUAAUUUAUACGUUUUCGACCCGAGUGCUGUAAAUGGUCAAUACUGCCGAUACACUCGCAAUGCUUACUGCACCACUGUCAAUUGCAAUAAUAAUGCUGGUAGAAAUCUUGUACUGUCUUAUCGUUACUUCCCUGCAACUCUUGGACAAUAUAUUGCGUACUGCCAAAAUGGCAACCAACCUCCACUUGUGUUUAAAUGUGAAGAAGGUUACACAGGAGAUUUGAGUACGCUACCAGUUCAGUGCAACAUAAAUUGUCGUUCAGUAGGAAGAUUUGUUUAUAUUGGCGAUGAAACGAAAUAUUACGAAUGUGUUCGCGCAACGAGAGGUUACACGGCAGUCGUACAAGAAUGCUUCCGAGGUCAAGUCUUUAAUCCAACUACAAAAGCAUGUGAAGUCAGUUUGGUUUCAUCAACAACUACAACUGAAACAUCAACGGGUGGGUCUACAACGACUGAUACAUCUGGAACUACAACUGUAUCAGGUGGAACUACAACUGUAUCAGGUGGAACUACAACUGUAUCAGGUGGAACUACAACUGUAUCAGCUGACUGUGCUUCGACUUGUUCUGGUGAGAGUUUCCCAGGCAAAUGCAAUUCGGAAUGCGCUUGUAAAGAUGAAUGUACUGGUGUCACUAAUGAAGCUGAAUGUACCAACAAUUGUGUUGCCGAAAGAGAGUGCAAAUCCGGUUGUGCUGGAAAUGCUGAUCCGAAUGCAUGUGAAACCAGUUGUAAAGAUUUUCUGAAUACUUGCACAGGCAAUUGUGAAGAUAGUGGCACUCCUACUCCUUCUUGUGAACUCGAAUGUGCAGAAACGGAAUGUUACUAUACUUGCCUUUCAUUUACAGUAGAAGCAGACAUUGAAAAAUGUGCCACUGAAUGCGAUAACUUAGUUUUGAAACUUUAUCGCUAAUUUUUUUAGAAUUUGAAUUUCUUAUUGCCUUCAAGAAAAAUGUAUUUAAAGGAAAAUAAAUAAACGAGCAUAUUUUCACUUAAAGC